AAGGCAAUGCCAGCAAAUAUGAGCAGAAAUUGUGUCGCAAUUUGCUUGUCAGUUUCCCUCGUGCUCAACAUUCUGGUAAUGUUGCUGCCACAAGCCGCUGGCGAUGAUUGGUCGGCGAGUUGUGCCUCCAACUGUACGUGUAAAUGGACGAAUGGCAAAAAGUCGGCCAUCUGCAGUUCACUGCAACUCACAACCAUACCAACCACACUGAGUACAGAGCUACAAGUGCUCGUGCUGAACGACAACCACAUACCCUACCUAAAUCGUGAGGAAUUCACGAAUCUGGGCUUACUGAACCUGCAACGCAUCUACCUGAAAAAGUCCGAGGUGCAAUAUGUACACAAAGAGACAUUUCGUAAUCUGAAAAUACUUGUUGAGAUCGAUCUGUCAGAUAACAAAAUCGAAAUGAUCGACAAAGACACAUUUAUGGGCAAUGAUCGCCUGCGCAUACUCUACCUGAAUGGCAAUCCAUUGAAGCGUUUGGUUGCCUAUCAAUUUCCCAUACUUCCACAUCUACGCACUUUGGAUCUGCAUGACUGCCUGUUAUCAUAUGUGGAUCCAAUGGCUUUGGCGAAUCUUAAUCUACUGGAGUUUCUCUACCUGAAGAACAAUCUACUGGAGAGCCUUAGCGAAUAUGUCUUCCAGCAUAUGACCAAUCUGAAAACGCUGGUCUUGGAUGAGAAUCCCUGGCAGUGUAAUUGCAAGCUGCGCAAGUUUCGCAAUUGGUAUGUGAAGAGUAAAUUAAAUAGCAUCAGUCUGCUGUGCAAGGGACCGCCAGCACAGAAGGACAAACAAUGGGAGAAUGUUGAUGAAGAGCUAUUUGGUUGUAUGCCUCGUGUGGAGCUCUUCAAUAAUGAAGACGUACAAAAUAUCGAUAUCGGUAGCAAUACGACUUUCAGCUGUCUGGUCUAUGGUGAUCCCCUGCCCGAGGUCACGUGGGAGUUGAACGGCAAAAUAUUGGAUAAUGACAAUGUCAUCUUCGAUGCCGAAUCAAUUUCGUCGGAUAAGCUGUGGAGCAACUUAACGGUGUUCAAUAUGACAAGCUUAGAUGCGGGCACUUAUGCCUGCAUUGGCGCAAAUGUGGUGGGUGUGUCGUCGCAGAAUAUCAGCAUAUAUCUGACGGAAAUUGUGCAACAUGUUUUGGUGAAAACCCCCGAGACUUUUUGGUACUUCGGCUUGAUUAUGGGUACCUUUGGCACGAUCUUUCUUCUGAUACUCAUUUCGUUCGUCGUCUGUUUCUUCAAGCGUACAACGAGACAGCGACGGCAUCCCAAAAAGUCUGGCGUUAAACCAAGUGUUAGUUUCAAUGACCAGGAGAAAAAGCUGCUCGAUUUGAGUAUUACAACGACGACAGCCGAUCGUGGCGAUAGCUGUAAUAUGGAUAACAAUACCACAACAACAAUGAGUAAGACAGAGUCUGUAAUCGGUUUUGAGCCCAUUGAAAUACAUGCAACGGAAAAUUUACGAGCCUCCGCUGCCGCCAACCAUAAUCACCACCAGCUGGCGCAUCAACAGGCACAUCAGCAGCAGAUACAACAACAUCAUGCGCACAUGGCAGGCGCCGGUGGCUCAAACGCCAUGAUGCCGCCAAGCCGACAGCAAUUGAUGGCUGUAGCCGACGGUUCGUGUAGUGUCGUCGGUAUACCUACAUCCAUGGCGUCAUCUGGCGGCACGGCGACAUAUCCGAACCCCAUACCGGAAGAGUUUCCACUUAACGUAGGCGUUUUCCCACCGCCACCGGAGUUUUGCUCCAAUAUUGUGCCCAAUCCCGCGUAUGGUAACAUCUUUAUCAGUGUCUCUGUGACGCAGGAUAUGCUGGACGGCACGGACAUAAGCAUGUACCCCGACCUCUUGAAUUUACCAAAGCAUCAAAUGAGCGCGGAUGGUAACAGCAUGCAGACGGGUGUCAGUGUCACGAGCGGUAGUGGUGGGGGAGCGGGCAAUUCGAAUGUGACCAACACCAUGCUUACGACGGGGUCGGGCACCACAACUGCUGUAAAUGUGUCCUCAUUUGCGACGCUGCCGCGCAAUCAUCAACGCCGUGGCAUACUCAAGAAAGACUCAACGCUGCAGCAUCAACAUUCACUGCAACACUCACAGCAGCAGCAGCAACAACAACAAAAACAAACGAAUUUGUAUCCACACGACGAGAUUGUCUCGUAUCACAAUCUGGACACCACCUACAGUCAAGGCUAUCAAGAGCAUCAGCAACAGCAACAACAGCAGCGUCAGGCUUACGCCGCUAAUAUUGUUGGUCUACCGCCGCCUCCUCCACCACCUGCCGCGGUUGCUGCAGCUAUGUCUACGCAGUGUCACCACACAAACAAUCAAGCGUCGGUGGCAGCGGCCAUCAAUGCCAAAGCUUGUGCCGCCUGCAAAGGCACACUAUCACCACCGCCGCCUUCUUGUAGCACGCCGCCCACCACCGCGCUGGAUGCGACGCCGCUGCGACCGCUUUGUAAGAGUGGUACAGCCACUGGCAAUGCGGGUCUCAAAUAUGAUAAUAUGGGUCGGCGUUUUACCGCGAGUGGCAAUUCGACGCUCUCGCUGCCCGACGAGGCCGACGAGGAGGGAGUGGAGGAUGAGACGCGUUUUAUUGAGGAAGCGCGUAACAUGAAGCAAGCGCAGCAGCAGCAGCAUCAGCAGCAACAACAAGACUGUCAACAACAAGUGGCGGUGGUGAGUUCGGGCGUGAACGGUAACUCGAAGCUGGUAGAUGUGGGCGGCGGUACGGAGUAUGUGUCACUGUAGUAUUACGGAACGCAGGUGUAAAUAAGUUGUGGCGUUGUAAUUUAGUUAUUAGUAUAAAAUCUAUAAGAUUAGUGAACAGCAGUCAGUGCUAGUAGAUGUGUAAGUAAAGUAGAAAUAUAUAUAUAGGAAAAUAAAAAUGUA